AGGAGAUGAUAGAUAGAAAUGAAUCCUGUACUGCAGGACAGAUCCCCAUGUCCUACUUUGCCUGCCUGGCUUACUUGCUGAGAGAAUGGACUGGCGUGGAGCACAUCGAGGACUACCUGAGUUAUGCAGUCUACUUGCUGUGGCUGUUUUUUCCUCUCAUGGUAGUUUUUCUACUUCCUGGAGUUAUUCUCCUCUUCGUCUACGUUUCUGUUAUCUUUGUUCAUAUUUAUAAAAGGAAGAAUGAAUUAAAAGAAGCUUAUUCCCAUGAUUUUUGGGAUGGUGCAAAACAAAUGUUGGCUACACUAUGGGAUGGACAUGCAAGAAUAUGGCAUGGUUAUGAGCUUCAUGGUAUAGAAAAUAUUCCAGAGGGACCAGGGCUUGUUGUGUUUUAUCAUGGAGCAACUCCUGUUGACUAUAUCUAUUUCAUGGCUAAACUUCUUAUACUGCAGAAGAGAACCUGCCACGUAGUAGCUGAUCAUUUCGUCUUUAAAUUACCAGGUUUUAAACUAUUACUUGAUGUACUUGGAGUUAUGCACGGACCAAAAGAAGAAUGUGUCAAUGCUCUCAAGAGUGGCCAUCUGGUAGCCAUUUCCCCUGGUGGAGUUCGGGAAGCGCUUUUCAGUGAUGAAACAUAUGUUAUUAUGUGGGGUAAUCGAAAGGGCUUUGCUCAGGUGGCCAUCGAUGCAAAAGUGCCCAUCAUUCCUAUGUUUACACAAAAUAUUCGAGAAGGCAUUAGGACAUUAGGAGGAAUAAAAAUAUUUAGGUCACUGUAUGAACAUAUUAGAUUGCCAAUAGUUCCUAUGUAUGGCGGAUUUCCAGUCAAGCUCCGUACAUUUAUUGGAGAUCCCAUUCCAUACGAACCAAAUGUAACUGCAGAGGAACUAACUGUGAAGGCAAAAGCUGCAAUCCAGUCUCUAAUAGACAAACAUCAGAAAAUACCUGGAAAUGUAUUUAGGGCUUUAAUGGAACGAUUUCAUACACGACAAAAAGAAGAUUAAGGUGCUCUGAAUAAACUACUCUUUAGUUAUAAUGUUCUUAAAGUCAUAUUUGUAACUUAUUAACUCUUCUUAUAACAGAAAUACAAGUAUAAAAUACUGCCCUAGUGAUA